GUGUCAUACAGAGAGCACAGGGGAUAAACCAUCCAGUGAAGAGACCCAGUCCUGCCACUCACUGUGCACUCCCCCCUUUUAGGCAUUUCUGUAAGCGUGUUGGCCACAGAGCCUCUGCUCACCUGUGCGCACCUGAGUUCACCUGUAGGAGCCCACCCUGUGAAAGGAGACCAGGUUUAGGAAAUCACCCCCUUGUUGUCGAAGCGAUGGAGAACUCGUCAGAGCAGUCCCGCUGGGUGUCCCCGUCACUGGUCAGCGGAGACCCAUUGGGCCCCUUCUCGGCGGAGCAGAGCCUGCUGCCUCCAGGGGACGAGGCCGAGGCCUUCUACUCCACGUCUGAGGCCGACUUCACCAGCCUGCCCUCCUACUUCUCCAGCGGGGGCCAGAGCCGACCCUCCGCCGCCUACAGACACAGCCCAGUGCGGCAGGUGUACUCCUCCUCCUCUCUCCUGAGUAACAUCCAGUGGCUGGACGGGCCAGGGGGCCACUCGCUGAGCUCCCCCUACAAUCCCUCUUCGUCUGGCUGGGCCAGCGGGCCCUUCUCCAAGACCCCCCUGUACUCCCACCCCUCCGCCUCCCUCUACACCACCAGCGCCACCUCCUCCUUCAGCUCCCCCAAGGAGGACUUCCCCUCGCCGGGCCGCGACGGCAAGGAGAGCCCCAGGCUCCAGGAGGCCCUGAAGGCCGAGCGGCUAAGCCCCAUGGGAGGAGGAGGAGGGGGUGGUGGCAGUGGUGCCGGCACCAGUACCGGGGGCAGCUUCUUCAACUUGACCUCCACGGCUGGGGGGAUGUACACGCCCUCCCCCCACCUCCUGGGACCCUACAGCUCCUAUAUGAACUCUCAGCAGGACUACAGCUCCCCGGGCCUCUACUCCUCACCUGGGGCCUGGAUGAGCCCUUCGGCCUACUCCCCCAAAUUGCGCAAUAAGAUGCGACUGUCCCCACCAGAAGCUCGAGAGUGUGUGAACUGUGGAGCAACUACCACCCCUCUCUGGCGGCGAGAUGGUACCGGCCACUACCUCUGCAAUGCUUGCGGACUGUACCACAAAAUGAACGGCCAGAACAGGCCUCUCAUCCGUCCAAAGAAGAGAUUGAUUGUCAGCAAGCGUGCAGGAACUCAAUGUGCUAAUUGCCACACCAGCACUACAACCCUGUGGAGACGCAACGCCAAUGGCGAGCCUGUGUGUAAUGCCUGUGGCCUCUACUUCAAGCUGCAUAAUGUGAACAGACCCCUCACCAUGAAGAAGGAUGGCAUUCAAACACGGAACCGCAAAGUGUCAAACAAAAACAAGAAGGGCAAGAAGAACGCUCCCAUGGAUGCAUAUCCUGACCUGGUCAACGGACCCCAACAUGAUGACCUGGGGGGCCACUACUCCCUCCCCCAGGGGCCCCUCCUGUCUUACGGCCACCCCUCACACCUGCUCCACCCAGGCGCCAGCCUGCACCCCUCAGCCAGCCUGCCGUACUCCCACCACCCAAAUUCGGGCAUGGUGCCCACCCUGGUGUGAAGGGCCGACACAGGAGGGCACAGCAUCAGGACUGUGGACACAGACACAGAUGAGAGCACACACCAUCUGCUGCCUAUGUACACAGAUGAAUGCAUUAAGAGAACUAUAGGCCCACUGAAGACCAUACACUGAAACUGGAUGGACAUUCUUGGGCUUUCUGGAGGGGUGAAUGUAUGUUUAUUCUACCAACUUUUUUCCACAUUUGUUUUUCAAAGCAUGUGAAGCUUAAUAUUUUAUGGAGUUUGCCAGUUUGAUAUGAUCUCAUCUUGUCCUAAAGAUUCAUUUUUUUUAAAAAGGAAGACAAAUAUGUUUACUUCUACAAUGUACAAAUGAAGAAGUCAUUCACUUAGAAAUAUGUAUAAAAGCCUUUUCCCACUGUAGACUGUGAAAUGCAGAUAUGAAUAUUGUUUUGUGAACGAUUUGUUAUGUUCUUGAUGUAGGCCAGCAUUUAAUAUUUAAAGUAUAUUGAAAGCAUACAGGGAUACAUCACAUUGAUAUAUUUUUGUAAAUAUGAAGUGCUGAUCUUUGAAAAAGCUGUGAAUGUUGAUUGAAUUAAUAACAUAUUGAUAUACCUUAA